CUGAACAGAGGCAGUAGAUGAUUACAGAGGGAUGGUGACUAAAAGGUGCAUUUCCCACAUGAGUGCAAGAAGAGUAGCCAGUUAAAAGAAGUUACUGCUGUGGAGGACAGCAUGACCACCAUGAAAGGAAGCUGCCUCCUUGCGGUGCUGUUGGCAGGACUUGGGGUAUUAGGAAUACUGGAGCCAACAACAACAAAAGAUAUCCACUGCCACAGAGCUGAGCACCCAGUUAUUGCAUACAAAGAAAUUGCCCCUUGGUUACAUGUGUUCAGAGCAGAAGAUGCUGUGGACUUCUCACAGUUAACGUUUGACCCAGGACAAAAAGAGCUUAUUGCUGGAGCAAGAAACUACCUCUUCAGGUUGCAACUUGAGGAUCUCUCUCUAAUACAGGCAGUGGAAUGGCAAUGUGAUGAAGCUACUAAAAGAGCCUGUUACAGUAAAGGCAAAUCAAAGGAGGAAUGCCAGAACUACAUUCGAGUGCUUCUUGUUGGAGGCAACCAUCUCUUUACCUGUGGAACCAACGCGUUCACUCCUAUCUGCACCAAUCGGACGUUAAGUAACUUGACAGAGAUACAUGAUCAAAUCAGUGGCAUGGCUCGUUGUCCUUACAGUCCUCAGCACAACUCCACUGCUCUUCUCACUUCCAGUGGGGAAUUAUAUGCUGCUACGGCCAUGGAUUUUCCAGGAAGAGAUCCUGCUAUUUAUCGCAGUCUGGGGGCCCUUCCUCCUCUCCGCACUGCCCAGUACAACUCCAAGUGGCUGAAUGAGCCAAAUUUUGUGUCAUCUUAUGACAUUGGGAACUUUACCUACUUCUUCUUCCGGGAGAAUGCGGUGGAACAUGACUGUGGGAAAACAGUCUUCUCUCGUGCUGCUCGGGUGUGCAAAAAUGAUAUUGGUGGCAAGUUCGUGCUGGAGGAUACCUGGACUACCUUCAUGAAAGCUCGGCUGAACUGCUCUCGCCCUGGAGAAAUUCCAUUUUACUAUAAUGAACUACAGAGCACUUUCUUCCUGCCAGAACUGGACUUGAUCUAUGGGAUUUUUACCACUAAUGUGAACAGCAUAGCAGCCUCAGCAGUUUGUGUUUUCAACCUGAGUGCCAUAACUCAGGCCUUUAAUGGACCCUUCAAAUACCAGGAAAACUCUCGCUCUGCUUGGCUUCCAUAUCCCAAUCCUAACCCUAAUUUUCAGUGUGGCACUAUGGACCAGGGUUUGUAUGUAAAUCUGACUGAGAGAAAUCUUCAAGAUGCUCAAAAAUUCUUCUUAAUGCAUGAGGUCAUUCAACCAGUUAUUCCAAUUCCUUACUUCAUGGAAGACAACAGCCGAUUUUCUCAUGUGGUUGUGGAUGUCGUGCAGGGCAAGGACAUGCUUUUCCAUAUCAUCUAUCUUGCCACAGACUAUGGCACUAUUAAGAAAGUGCUUGCCCCAAUGAACCAGACUUCAAGCAGCUGCCUGCUCGAGGAAAUUGAACUCCUGCCGAAAAGUCAGUGGGAGCCCAUCAGGAGCCUUCAGAUCCUGCACAGCCAGAGUGUCCUUUUUGUGGGCCUUCAGGAACACGUGAUUAAGGUCCCUCUGAAGAGAUGUCUCUUUUACAAAACAUACAGUGCAUGCAUUGGAUCCCAAGACCCUUAUUGUGGCUGGGACAUGGUGAUGAAGAAAUGCACAACGCUGGAAGAAAGUCUGAGCAUGAGUCAAUGGGAGCAAAGCAUUACUGUGUGUCCAAUGAGGAAUCUGACAGUGGAUGGGCAUUUUGGAACAUGGUCACUGUGGAAACCUUGCACCCACACUGACGGUGCCAGUGUUGGCUCCUGCCUCUGCAGGACACGUGUGUGUGACAGUCCUGCUCCUCAGUGUGGAGGUUGGCUGUGUGAAGGACCAACCAUGGAGAUUGCCAACUGUUCCAGAAAUGGAGGCUGGACACCAUGGACUUCUUGGUCACCUUGUAGUACCACUUGUGGAAUAGGCUUUCAAGUUCGUCAGCGUUCCUGCAGCAAUCCAACCCCUCGACACGGAGGACGCGUCUGUGUGGGACAGAAUCGUGAGGAGAGGUACUGCAAUGAGCAUUUGUUGUGCCCCCCUCAUGUGUUUUGGACAGGCUGGGGUCCAUGGGAGCGCUGCACUGCUCAGUGCGGAGGAGGGAUCCAGGCACGGCGUAGGACAUGUGAAAAUGGUCCUGACUGUCCCGGCUGCAGUGUGGAAUAUCAGCCUUGUAACACCAAUGCCUGUCCAGAGUUAAAAAAGACAACUCCUUGGACACCUUGGACCCCAGUCAAUAUUUCAGACAACGGUGGCCACUAUGAACAACGUUUCCGAUACACCUGCAAAGCGCGCUUGCCUGACCCAAAUUUGCUAGAGGUGGGAAGGCAAAGGAUUGAAAUGCGUUAUUGUUCCAGCGAUGGCACCAGUGGAUGCUCGACAGAUGGAUUGUCAGGGGAUUUCUUGCGUUCUGGACGAUACUCUGCUCAUACCAUCAAUGGUGCCUGGUCACCCUGGUCUCCAUGGUCUCAGUGCAGUCGUGACUGUAGCAGAGGUAUACGGAAUCGCAAACGGGUCUGCAGCAAUCCUGAGCCCAAGUACGGGGGACUUCCUUGCCUCGGCCCAUCUCUAGAGUACCAGGAAUGCAACAUUUUGCCUUGUCCAGUGGAUGGAGGUUGGUCUUGUUGGUCAUCGUGGUCAAAGUGCUCGGCAACUUGUGGAGGAGGGCAUUAUAUGAGAACCCGCUCCUGCACAAACCCAGCACCAGCAUAUGGAGGAGAUAUCUGCCUUGGAUUGCACACUGAAGAAGCACUCUGCAACACACAGCCAUGUCCAGACAGCUGGUCCGAGUGGUCCGAGUGGUCCGACUGCGACUCGUCUGGCUUCCAGUUCCGCGUUCGUCAGUGCAUCAUUUUGUUUCCCGUGGGCAGCCAGUGCACGGGCAACACCACGGAGAGCCGAGCCUGUGCUUUGGACUCCAACUUUAUACCAGAAAUAUCAGUGGCACGAUCCAGCAGCAUAGAAGAAAAACGAUGUGGCGAGUUCAACAUGUUUCACAUGAUCGCAGUGGGAUUAAGUAGCUCAAUACUUGGUUGCCUUCUUACCCUGCUUGUUUACACUUAUUGUCAACGAUAUCAACAACAGUCCCAUGACGCAACUGUCAUCCAUCCGGUGUCACCAGCUCCUCUAAAUACCAGCAUUACCAACCAUAUCAACAAACUGGACAAAUAUGAUUCUGUAGAAGCCAUCAAGGCAUUUAACAAAAACAACCUGAUUCUGGAGGAGAGAAACAAAUACUUCAAUCCACAUCUUACUGCAAAGACUUAUUCUAAUACCUAUUUUACAGAUUUCAAUAAUUAUGAUGAGUACUAAUGGGCUUGUGUAUUUUCUGGCCUCCUGUAACUCCCCAGUCCCCAAGGCCUGUGCUACUUGACUGCUCAUGUGAUUGAGGCUUCAGAGAUGAAGUUCAGAGACAUUUCGAGCACGAUCCAAGCCAUCAAUGUCCCAUUGCUGCCAAAAGCCCAAAACACUUGUUUGUGACAUGAUGUUUUCUUUGCAGAGUACAAGGUUGGCCUUCAGUGUCGGGUGCCGCUAUAGCCCCUCGGUGUCACUGGACCACUCGUGAGGAUUGCAUCGCUUCGCUCAGUUUCAUAAAAUUCCAGUCAGAUUUCUCUAACAAGUGACUAAGUAAUUCCUGAGCUUUAAAAAAAAUAAUAAUGUUACCCCUUAAAGCUGCCCCAGGAGUACAAAUCUAAUUUUCUUUUUAGGCACUGUCUUUUAUUUCCAUGAGGUUUGAAAAAGGAGCUCUGCUGUUAGCCACAGAGCCCUCUGUGCAGUCUCCUGAAGCUCACACCACCAAAAAGAGCUCGCAGGGUGCUGGGAACAACGACAAGAAGAAACGUGGUGGUUUAGCGAUGCUCUGCGGCAGCUCGGGGCUCUGUAGGGCUGAUCUUCCUGGGCUGCAAAUCACUCCAGCUGCAGUUCAGCUGUUCAGAGUGCAGAGACUAAGGCCGUACCAAGGGAUACAGUCCUGUAAUUAACCCAGAAAGCUACAGGGUUGGUGGUUUCCAGUUGCGAGCCAAGCCCAGUCACAUAAAGCCUUCACCUAGUUUGGUUUAAUUUUUGGGAGAGUGUGGAAGGGCAUGUUCCGCAGGGAGGCCGAGGGAGGAGGGCAGAUAGGAGAGGCACACUGGAAGGUUUUUCUGCGUGUCGUUAGUAAACCAGCCUUGCUGCAGCGUGUGGGCUUGCACGAGUCGUGGCAUCCCACAGGCUUCCUCUCCCUGGUGCGCGCAUAUGGGAACCCGCCCGUCUCUCUGCUGUAGCACUCGCCGUCAGGCUGGUCAUGGAAAGCUACGACUGCACCGCGUUUUGUGUGCCAUCUGAGGCUCUCGGGGGUAUGUAGGCAUAAUCAUAGAUCUGCUUUUCUCUUUCCGGCUUUUACUUUAUAUGCACGUGUCUGACAAACAAAGCUGGCUCAGAAAACGCAGAUGUGUUUGCAAAGCGUUGUCUCAUCUUGCUGCCGUGUCUGACCCACGCUAGUCAGCCCCUAGAGGAACAUUCUUAUGGUGUUUUAAGUGAUUAUCUUGUUGGACUUCAAUGAUGUAAAUAUUUAAAAUACUGUUUGGGUUUUAAGUUAUCAGUUUUAAUUCCUUUUGUAGUGGCAGGUGAGGAAACAAAGCAUUUUUAUACCAUUUUUUUUUUUGUUCUGUCUGUCUUCACUCACAUUCAUGACAUUGUUAUUUUUGUAUCUGAAAUUCCAGAUGUAUAACUAAAAAGAAAAGGGCAGGGAUUUGGGCCAGAUUUUCCAGAGUACUUAGUAGUAAGGCAGCAUUUGCUAUUCUCAGAAGCUUGUGAAAAGAAAUUAAAAGUGAAUAUUAAGGAUUAAAGAAUUGGGUUUUCAGGUUUUUGAGCAUGCUAGAUGCAAAGAUCAUCGCACCAGAAUACCAGGAAGGUAUGCAAGGAGAAGCAGAGUGGAAAUGUUUCCAUUCUGUGUUUAGAACCCUUGAUCAUUAGGUUAUGCUAUGAUAAACAAAUAGAGAAAAACACGUGCAGAUUAUAAUGAUUCACAACUACGUACAAAAAAGGCAAAAAGUACCAGGAAACACUGAUCAUGUGAGACUGCAUUUGAGCACCACUUUGGUGGUCCAGCCACUUACAUAGCAAGGGUAAACACUGUAUCUAAUGACGGCAAUGAGCAACAUUUUUGAAUGGGGAUAGAUCUGAAUGUAGCACUAUGCUUCCUAUCUCUGUUCUGCAGUAAAUUGAAAAAAAUGCAAAGGAAGUGGUCUUUGAAAAGCUGUGCAGUAAAAUGAAUGCACAUUUAUUGUCUAUGAAAAUAAUUAAGAUCAGCUGCCUAUUUUUUCCAGCUGAAUAGUUCUCCCUGUUACUAACUCAGCCAAAAGAAAGCACCCCACCCUCACACCAGUUAAUCUCCAGAAAGUAUAAUACUAGUUCUCUAUAAUUUGUGAUUUUUUUUUACUGUACAUUAGAUUUGGUUUUCCAGGAAGAAAUUAGCUGAUUGCCUUGGGUAAGAGGAAAUUUUCUCUGCAAGAAAAUUCAGUGAAACAGAUAGAGGGGGAAAAAGCUCGCCAAAUCAUAACCAGUCCAGUGUCUGCAUCACUCUGUUCAUGCCAAAAGAUAAAAUUUUACAUUUAAAUAAGAUAAAGAAAAUAAAACCUAUAUUGCUGCCACUGCCAAGAAAAAGCAGCACAUGCACAUAUGCACAACACUGUUCCUCUCUGCCCCUGUACUAAGAGCACAUUAGUCUGGCUUAUGGAUUUUGUAUUUAGACUAUUAGUUAUGAGACUAGUAUCUUGAAAAUAUUUGAACUAUGUAUUUUUAUUUUAACCUUUUUUAAUUAAAAUUAUCUGAAAUUAGCUUUUUUUUUAACUCUUCAGUAGUUUGAGGCACACCUAUCUUUACAGUGAUCUAUUUUCCAUUCUUUUCACGGAUAGGUACAUAUGUUAGAUACAUGUUAUAUAUAUGCAGUAAUAAUACCCUAGGUUAAGUCUGCAUGAUCAUAGGUAGAAGUACAUUUAGCAGAUGCUCAGUCUGCUCACACUUCCAUCUCCCAAAGGAGUAUUUCAGGUGUUCCAGAUCUUUGAGCAGCUCCCAUGUGAUGUCAUUUAAACACCAUGCCAACUUGUCAAAAACGUGUUUCUUUAGAAUUUUUUUUUUUUGUCAUUUAGCUUCCUAAAUUACCUUGUUCUAAAUCGCAGACAGAGGUAUAUUCAAACCUCUAUCUAAAGCAGUAGGGUAAACAUGGAAAUUUCACAGCACUUCAGUGAGAAAAAAUUGAUGACAAGAUCUCCUUGUCAAGCUAGAUUCUGAGACAACAGGUUUUAAAGCCAUUAGAUAUUUGUGUCUUAGGUAAUUUUAGAGGACCCCAGAUGCACCACCUAUAUCCGUAUUUUCACCUUCUGAGUUCUACACAGCUGCCCAGGUAGUUUAAUACAGCUUUUCCUAAUACAUGGAGCAAAGCAAAGUGCAAUCUCUAUUAAUUUUCAAUUUACUUUAUUUAGCAUUUUUUCUAAAAUAGGCUACACACAUUGUGGUGAAAAGCAGAUUUCUCCAUGAAAACUCUUAUUUUUCUUUUGCCAAAAAUGUAACAAAGUGGGCAUUUGCCUGCAAAUCUUGUUUAAGCCGAUAGAGCUCUCAAAUUUGCGCAAGGGUAAAAUUUGGUUCUUACAGCAUUGUUCUGUUCUUGAAAAGGGAAAAUCAACUCCCUUGCCUAUUAAAUGCCAUGCUUAAAUACCCCUUAUCCUUUUGCUUGGAUAAAGUGAUCUUUUCUGGAUAAAUAAUUGUAUUACCUCUGAUGCCAAUAGUUAAUAUUACUAAACCACUUUUGCACUGAUUGCAUAAAUUUGAAAAUGUUUCUCUAUUUUGAAUGCAAACAUUUCGGCAGAUAGAUCAAAAUUCUCUGAGUAAAGCUGUUUCUGUGUAGCCCUGCUACAUGGAGUGAGGUGGAAGCAGGAUUGCCAGUCGGAUCCUGUACCGUAUAUACUUUCAUUGGAUAACUCAAAGUAGAAUUGUGCUUGAGUACACAUUUUGGGCUUAUUUUUGUGUCUGAUACAUAGCGUACGUUCCUCAGUUGCUUACCAAAUGGACUCCUGUGCUUGCAGAUUUAUCCUGUGCUUGAUUUGAGUCUGAUGACCUUUAUGGUCAUUUAAAGUUACUUUAUGUGGAAGCUUUUCCAGCCGUUUGCAGUCACCUGCUGUUGGAGCAGUGUUGUUUGGCUAAAACUAAUCAAGAGAUUUUUGACUAGGAUUAGGAUUUUCAUAAGAGAGUGGGAGAAAGAAUGGGGCUUAAAUGGCUUUGAUUUCCAGGCUAUUAAGCAGUACUGAUUAAAGUCUCAGAUGGGUGUAGGACACUGUGCAUUUAGUUAGCUCUACCAGAGCUCCACAGCAACCUCUGGGAAAACACCACGUCAAUGUACAAAUCAAGAGCUACCAAAGCACUUAUGUUAAGUGAAGAAGGUUCUCGGAGCAUCAGACCAUAUGGCUGUUCAAACCAGAAAAGAAAGUAAGAGGUCCCAGAUGCAACAAAAAUGUUAAUAGGAAUAAAUGCUUCAAUAUUUUUUUCCUCAUAAUUAUAGAAUGAAUAUAUUCACUUCUUUAAAUGUGGGACCAGUUUUAUUAAAAUCAGCGCAACAUAAGCAGAUUCCUAAAGUUAAUUGUAUGCAUAAUGGCUUUGCUGUAUGAGAUCAGUUCUGUAAACAGUUUGGUCCAAGCUUAUCUUGCUCUGCUUGAGGCAUCUGGCCGAUUUCUGACUGUAGCUGCCACCAGCACCCUCUGUGUCUCGUCUGGGAGAACAUCCUUAGAUGGGCGGAGUUACGUCCAGGCGAGGGCUUGUGUCUCUCCACCAACACUACAGUGAGCCUAGAGAGAUACGCUUCUAAUUGUCAUUUGGAUGCCUAAAUUUAGAUUGGCAAAAGCUAGGCUCUUGAGUAUGAUUUUACUCAUCACAUAAGUAACCACACCGAGUUCAGUGGUAUGGAUGUAACAAGUUACUUAUUUUAAUGUGUUUACAGGAUUGAGCCCAAAAUAUAUUGCUUCUGCACAAAUCCAUGCACAGUACAAGAUGACUUCAAUAGUAAGAAAACAGAUUCAUUUAAAAUUGUUCACAAGCAAAUCUGCAUCUUGAUAUCAGGGAAUAGAUAUGUGUUCAUUGUGUGGGGUAUUUGAAUUCAUUCCUUUCUUUGCUAAAUAAAUGAAUGAUAAAACAAGAUACUGCUUGACUUCAUUUAAAGCCAUUCUUCCAAAUAAA